UCUCUGAGGAUCUGAGGAGGGGGGGCAUUAAAAACUAGCGACACCCCGCAAUUCACAUGAAGCACCGGAUGUUUGGCAGAACAACCUUUGACCCCAACUUGUUACGGUCAAGGAGUAAGACCAUUUCAAACAAGUGGAUUAAGCAGGAGCGGGCUGUGGGAAGAACAGGGACAUACAACGGGGGAAGUUCCAGCUCGCGCCAGUGAGGAGGAAAUAAUCACAAUGUUGCCUUCUCAUGAAUUAUUAAGUAGCCCCCUGCCUCUUUUAGCUAGACUCAGAAUGCUGCAUUUUCAUCUGUGGGUCUGAAGCGGAGAGCAAGGGUGUUUUUUUUGACAGCUGUAUUACUGCUGAUAAGCAAGACUCUGCGAGAUGAUCAAGUACUGAGACACGCACCCAGAACAGCAGCACAGCAGCACUAUUCACUACGAGCAGUGGCAGUCAGUAGCAGCAGCAGUAACAGCAGCAGCAGCAGCAACAGCAACUCUCUCGUGCCUUUUUCUUCUUCUUUGUGGAGUUGUAAUCUGUUCUGAGGACAACAGCCAGAGAAGACGGGACAAGUGGAUCAGGGCUGACAGCUGUCAUCAAAACAACCCCAAACGCAGAGCUGGCUGCCCACAUGCCGAUCGAAUUUGUUUGCAAAAUCAAAUUUGCAGAGGAGGAUGAGAAGCAGAAAGGCAAGCAGGAUGGGGACAAGGAGAGCCUGAUUGAGGAGAGCUGCUCACCUCCAGCUAAGGACCUGGUCGGCUUCGCCAACUCCAGCUCUCUCCACGGGAUUAACCACAUCUUUGUCUCGGGGCGCCUGGGCAUUCGGCAGACCCUCUGGGCACUUGCCUUUUUGGCUUCUCUGGCACUCUUUCUGUACCAGGCGGCAAAGUGUGCCAUCUCUUACCUGGAGCAUCCUCACGUCACCGCUCUGAAUGAGGAAGCGAGCCCUGAGAUGGUCUUUCCCGCUGUGACCAUCUGCAACAUCAACCGCUUCCGCUUCUCCGCUCUCACCGACGCCGACAUCUACCACCUGGCUAACCUCACAGGUCUACCGCCAAAAAACCGGGAUGGCCACAAGCCCACUGAUUUGGACUAUCCUGCGCCGGACAUGCAGGACAUCUUCAACCGGACGGGACAUCAGCUGGACGAGAUGCUGAAGAGCUGCAACUUCAGUGGACAGAACUGCUCUGCUGAGGACUUCUCUGUGGUCUACACCAGAUAUGGAAAAUGUUAUACUUUCAACGGGAACAAGUCGACGUCCAGGAAAACCAAGCAAGGUGGAAUGGGAAAUGGCCUGGAGAUUAUGUUGGAUAUUCAACAGGACGAGUAUCUGCCCAUCUGGAAAGAGACAAAUGAGACGUCGUUAGAGGCAGGGAUCCGCGUGCAGAUCCACAGCCAGGAUGAGCCUCCCUACAUCCACCAGCUGGGCUUCGGAGUCUCCCCGGGAUUCCAGACCUUUGUUUCAUGUCAGGAACAAAGGCUGACCUACCUGCCCCAGCCCUGGGGGAACUGCCGCUCCACCAGCGACCAGAUGAUCCCGGGAUACGACACCUACAGCAUCAGUGCCUGCCGCCUGCGCUGCGAAACCAAGGAGGUGCUCCGGGAGUGCAACUGCAGGAUGGUGCACAUGCCCGGAACUGCCGAUAUCUGCACUCCCAGUAACAUCAAGUGUGUUGACAAGGCGCUUGCCCUUCUCCAGAAGAGCACUGGGGACACCUGUCCCUGUGAGACACCAUGUAACCUGACCCGCUACGGCAAGGAGCUCUCCAUGGUCAAGAUCCCCAGCAAAGGCUCCGCUCGCUACCUGUCCAGGAAAUACGACAAGUCUGAGGAAUAUAUCAGAGACAACUUUCUGGUGUUGGACAUCUUCUUUGAGGCUCUUAACUAUGAAACAAUUGAACAGAAAAAAGCAUACGAUGUUGCAGGUUUACUAGGUGACAUCGGAGGCCAGAUGGGUUUGUUCAUUGGAGCCAGUAUUUUGACAAUCUUAGAAAUUUUGGAUUAUGUUUACGAGGUGAUCAAGCACAGGCUGCAGCGUCUGCUGAGGCCACAGAAGGAUGAGAAGAAACAACAGACGACCACUGUUGCAACUGUGGAUCUGCAAGAUAUGAAAGCCAGUAAGGAUUACAUCCCCCCAGAGGCAACUCCAAUUCCCAGGUCCCUCUCUAAUGAGGAACAAAUUUACUUCUCGAGUUCAUAUAAAAUCAUCCAAAAUCCUCCAUUUUCCCUAGAUGUAAAAAAAUCAUCUACAUGAAAUAUCUACCAUUACAUCAAAGGAGUCCAGUGAUAUGACCAUGACCAGAAGUCAUCCUGAAGGAGCUUACGCCAAUACGAUUCUACCGAACCACCAUCUUCCCCACCACCAAGGACAGCCACAUGGAGUGUUUGAAGACUUUGCCUGCUAGAGCCGGCAGCCAUCUUUCCAUCCUGAUGACAACAAAAGUUGUGUCCUCUCUGGGCUGGAUCGGGCAUCAAAACAGACCCUGGGACCUCAGUUCUAUAUAUUUCUUGCUGUCACCAGUGAAAAAGCUACAGCCAAAGUUGAACACCAACCCUGUGCUGCAAACAGACCACUUGUAUGUAGGCACAGAUUGGACCCCACAUUACUGUCCAGCUGGAGACGCCCACCUUCGACCUUCCUCCAAUUGAAAGCUGGCCACUCUGCGAUUUCUAUACUGGUUAUUUUGGUACAUGGUCACCACAUGGGAACAAGACAAGGACUGCAUGUCAUUUUGAGCCAUCUUGAUUCAUUUAUACUCACCUCCAGUAUCUUGAUAUCUGUACCUUUCUUAAUUUGUUAUUAUUAUUCUCAAUAAGUUCUCACUCAGCUCACUGUUUUGAAUCAUUGUAAAAUAAGUAAUUAUUUAAUGAGAUAUUAUAAUUUCCCCUUUAUAUUGUAUACAAGAUGAGUAUAAGACAGGUUGUCAUAUUCAAUCAAACCAUUGUACUGAGAUAUCAAACAAAAUCAGAGGAAUUAUAUUGAUCUUUUAGCGUGUUAAAAACAUACUACCCUCGCUUUGAUGAUAGGGCCCUUACUGCGUACCAGCUAUACACUAUUUCCUAUUUAUUAGGAUCCCCAUUAGCUGCUGCCAAGGUAGCAGCUACUCUUCCUGGGGUCCAAGCAGUGUUAAAACAAUUACAUCACAACCAAACACAACAGCCUAAAUCAUAAAUAAAACAACGCAUCAUACAAUAUAUUACAUUAUUACACUUUUAUUACCAAUGUAGAAUCUAAAAUCCACAAUACCACAUUACAAGUGUGUGUGUGUGUGUGUGUGUGUGUGUGUGUGUGUGUGUGUGUGUGUGUGUGUGUGUGUGUGUGUGUGUGUGUGUGCGUUUGUGUCUCUUCACAGUCCGCGUUGUGCCAUGAGGUGUUGUUUUAUCUGAUUUUAGUGCUCGCUUGAGUUACUUGAUGUGGAAGAGUUCCAUGUAGUCAUGGCUCUAUGUAGUACUGUGAGUUUCCCCAGAGUCUGUUCUGGACUUCGGGACUGUGAAGAGACCCCUGGUGGCAUUUCUUGUGGGGUAUGUAUGGGUGUCUGAGCUGUGUAUUAGAUGUUUGAACAGACAGUUCGGUGCUUUCAACACGUCAAUACCUCUCACAAAGGCAAGCAGUGAGGAAGUCAAUCUCUUCUCUACUUUGAGCCAGGAGAGAUUGACAUGUCUGGUUUAUGGGAAAGGUGUUUUAGAGAGUAGCAUUAUAGGUUCAACCUGAACACAAAGAGAAAGCACUGUUUAAAUGGAUGAUGAUUAAUUUAAUAUAACACUAAUACUAAUUUUUGUAAUUGAUUUAUAUAUUUUAGAGAAAAUGAUUAAAAAAAUAAAUAUAUAUCUAUAUAUAUAUAUAUAUAUAACCGUUAUUAUGAUUGUAGUAAAUCACACUGACAUAUGUUUAUUAGCGAAACCAGUCAGAAAGAUGAUUGGAAUUGCCUUGCUCCAAGCAACAAAAUGCACAUCGAUAUGGUUAAUAUUACUGUCAUUAUUUUUAUUUACUGACUUGGGCAUGGGUGAAGAUCUUACAACAAUUAGUGUCCAUAUUAAGUCAGCAUUCAAAAAGGCAAUGAAUAGCAAGCAACAAGCUGCGCUGUGAAUCCCCUUGACAUGGAUGAAUCAUAAUACACAUUAUUGAGCACAUUCCAGUGUCUGUAGUAGUUGAGCGCCUCUAUUUAAAGACAGGGCCAGAAGAGUCCUUUCCCAUAAAUCCCUGUUGGAAGCAAAGUUGCUUCCAAAAUAAUUGUUUUAUGUCUCCUGCACAAUCUCUUGGCUUAGAUAGUGAAUUUGUUACAGUAAAGGUUUAUCCAGGACUAAAACUGCUGUCCACUCCCAUGUAGAACAGCCUCAGUGAAAGACCUAUCACUUUGACUGUAAGUAAACGAUUUUGUAUUUUGCUGGGUUAUUCAUUUAUACCUCACAUUACAGCACAUGAUCACAUAAAUAGAUAAAGAUGUUGGAAUAUAACUAUUUUUUUCAUUUAUUUUGCUUGUGAUCUUUAAAAAGGUCCAAUGCAGCCGUUUUUAUCUCAAUAUCAAAUUAUUUGGAUAACAAUUAAGUACCUUCCUGUGAUUGUUUUAAAUUAAAAUGGUCAAAAAUAAAGAAAAAGGUUCUUAGCAAAGAGAAAUUUCUCAAUCAAGAAUUUAGCUAGGACUGUCUGGGAGUGGAGAGGGAAAAACUAGCUGUUAUUGGCAGAGAGGUUUGGAAGUCUUUCUUAUUAGUCUAUGAAGUAAUUGAUGUCACCAGGCAGGGCAAAACUCCAUCCCACCAAAACAGGCUGAAAUUUCAGGCGGUCUUUUCAAACAGCCAUUACACUAAAAGGGCAUUAUCAUCAUCUUCAUAAUUUCACAGUAUUAGUCCAGGCUCCGUGUGGAAAUAUAAAACACAGGAAACUCAUUUUUGACCCCACUGGGCCUUUAAUAUUGGUAACCCUGCUGAGUGCUCCGAGCUGUGCUUUGUUUGACAAGUCCACAAUGAAAUUACCCAUUCAUCAGCGUAAAUAGAAUCUACUCUUGUCCAUAUCAAGUAAUCAUGGGCCAUACAUGGCUUUUAAAUAUUCAUAAUCAUGUGUCACUAUGACAUUUUCAAAGGUUCCCAAUCAUGGUCUCUGAUGGCACCCUAUACCAAGUUUCUCCUCUGUCAUCAAUAACACUGAAGGACAGGUCACACGCUGAGGAGAUGCUGUACUAGGGUGAACGUGGGGGUCAAAUGAUCAAUGUAAAGCUUGACUUCACUUGUUACAGUCAUGUAUAGAUACAGGAAAGCCUCAGAGUCAGUCUGAUUUGCUGUGUGUAUAGCAUACAUGCUUGGCUUGUCUGAGAAUGUGUCCAUAGAAUUCUGAAAUAAUUUGGUAUGUAAUAUUACAAAUAGGAGUUGCAAAUUACAUCUGUGCAUAUUACAGUGGAACUAAAUGGUGGCUGUGGAGCUGGAGUUGACCUUGCUUGAUUUCCCCAGUUGACAACAUUCUGUACAUUACCAUUACUAAAUUUGCCACUCUGCUCGUUCUUUCACUGAAUUUCGCUCUUCCUCUGCUUGUUCAGUUUCGCAAUACUGUUGACAUAUUGUAUAUUCACACAAUCAAAAUCAAUUCUCUGUAAUAGCAAUUUGUGUAUUGCGACUUUCUCAUUUUGGUCUGAAUGUUCCACAUGACAGCAAUAGGGGUUUCAUUGAGUGAAAUGGCAAUGCAGCAUGCACCGUUACACUGUCGUCAGCUCAAGACGAAGAACGGAUCAGAGCAAUUCUAUCAAACAGUAUGACACCAAUGGAAAUUCACUAAGAUUUACAGAACGCUGAAGACAUUUUGUUCAGAAGUCUGCUAUCGUAACUGUUUAUUCUGUUAGAACACAUUUUAUAAAUGUUAUGGUAAGUACAAAUAUUAAAGUUUAGAUUGGUACAUUAAAA